AUGCGCAUCGCCACCCUCGUCCCCCUCGUCGCGCUGCUUGCCGGCGCCGCCGCCGCCCCCGUCCACGCCGACGGCCUCGCGCCGCGUGACCCCUUCUGGUCUCUCCGCUGCGGCCUGUUCGGAUGGCGCUGCCCCACCCGCCCUGACACACCCCCGCAGCCGCAGCCGACGACGCCGCAGCCGACAACCGAGGCGCCGCAGCCUACGACGGAAGCACCACCAGCGACAACGGACACGCCUCCUGAGACGACGGACGCGCCCCCCGAGACCGCCACCCCGUCCACGCCAGCCCCCUCGCCGUCGGUGCAGCCCACGCAGACGGCGCCGGGCCCCAACCCCUCCGACGCAUGCCUCACCCCCGAGUUCUGCCCGGACACGGGUAACGGCCAAGGUGGCAAUCCGCCCGACGGAAUCGGGUCGAUCACAUACCCGAACGGAACGAAGGUGACGCGGCGCGGCGAGGACGGGAACGAGGUCGAAGUCGAGGUCGAGGAGCGCGCGACGGACCUCACGCCCUUCCUUGAGUAG